AUGGAUUGUUCAAAUCUUGAAAUUGAUUAAAUUUCUAAAGUCCCUCUAAAAUUUGAGAUGGAUUUUAGGGAUAGUCAUUCCAAAAUUAGGAACAUUGAUUCAUCUCGAUCAUCAUUUAGCAAGAAAGAGAAACGAAAUAGAAAGUUUUUCCUUAAACGCUCAGUUUUUUUUGUUUCAAUUUGUAAAUAAACUGGAAAAAUAGAACUGAAUUUGGGAUCAGACUUCUUGCAUAUCGAAAUAAUGCAAGGAGGUCACUUACCUCUAAAUUAAUAUAAUAUUAAAGAUAUAAGAUCAGAGAGUUUUAUGAAUGAUGUUGAUUUUAAAGAGUAAAAUGUUGAGAGCAGUUUAAGAUUGGCAUCUACGUAAGUAAAGAAGUAAAUUGACUAGAUGCAUAAGAUCUAAACCCACCAGGCUCCCUUUUAGAGCUCUCAACCUAAUGAACAAAGAUUAAAUGAAAAUUUAAAAGCUAAUUUUACUAAUAUUUUUGAAUCCUUGGACUGGAAUUUAAGAGAUAGGAUCAAUAAGGUUUCAGCUAUUGAGGAAGCCAAAAAAAUAUUACAGGCUCAGCAUUAGGAUAUUAAGAAAUUUUUAUAUUAAAAAUGA